UAGUCACAUUUUUUGUGUGUUUUUUUUUUCUUGUAGACUGUUGGCUUCAGUAAAAUCAUGUUAAAAUGAUGAAAAACAGUAACACAGUUAUCAAAUUACUACUGCUAGCUAUGAUAGCCAUAGUAAUCAUCUUUACCACAUACAUGCCUCCACAGUCUCAGUAUGUGUCGCAAAUUUCGGACAUUCCUACUCGACAGGUGUCAACGAAAAUUCAAUUAUCAAUUCUCAACAAAACCAAAAUCGUGCUUUUGACGUACCCUCAAUUAUGGGGUUUUCGAUUCACUAUGGGACGUGUAGGAUUUAUCAAUGCCGGUUGUGAAGUGACUAACUGCCUCCUAACCACCAACCACUCUUACGUGAAGGAUUACAAUUUCGAUGCUUUUUUGGUACAUACUCCGACUCAAAGAAGGGGACCUUGGAUCCUACCAAACAGGAGACCAGAUCAAAUUUUCAUCAUGUUCUCUACCGAGCCUCCAGAUCACAUGCCACGAUUGGAUGCAUUUGAAGAUUAUUUCAACUGGACAAUGACUUAUCUACCUGAAUCUGACAUUCCUUUACCUUACGGUCGGAUAGAACCACUACCACGAGCACCAAAUACGGAGAUCGAAAGACUUGGCAUACAGGAACAUGUCCGCUUGUCAAGUGUCAACCCAGCAAAAGGCAAAACCAAGCUAGUCAUCUGGAUGGUGUCAAACUGUCACGCUAGAAGCAAUCGUAUGCAGUAUGUCCGCAACCUACAGAAAUAUGUAGAUGUGGACAUAAUCAGCAGCGAAGGAAAAUGUGGCGGACAAGACUUGUGCCCCAAAAAGAGGAAAGGCGCUACCUGCUACGAUGUAAUAGAAAAAACGUACAAAUUCUAUUUGGCUUUUGAGAAUUCCAUCUGCCGAGACUAUGUCACGGAGAAGUUCUUCGAUUCUAUUGGAAGAAACCUGGUCCCAAUUGUAUUGGGUGGCGCUAACUAUUCAAUGAUAGCUCCCAAGCAUUCAUACAUAAACGCAUUCGAUUACAGUCCUCGCCAGCUGGCUGAGUACUUGAAAGAAAUAGACCAAGACGAUUCGCUCUACGCGGAAUUUUUUUGGUGGAAACCCUAUUAUCGUGUAGUUAACCUACACCAGACGAACAAGGAAUCGUUUUGCAAUCUGUGUGCUGCCCUUCACGAAACUCCAGUAGAGAAAAGAGUAGCCAAAGGUCUUCAAAAAUGGUAUUUUGAAGGCAGCCAUUGCUUGGUUAAGCCUAGAUUUGAUUCUACAUAAGCCUUUUGGAAUGCCUCAAAGAUGUUGGAAGUUUUUACACACGCGAGAUGAAGUGUUACGGCUGAGUGCAAAUAACGUGAUUGUUUAUUGAAACUGAUGAAAACAAAAAAUCAUUAUUAAAUACUUGAAAUACGAUUAAAAUGGCAGAUGGUAUGUUUUUUUUCUCGCGACAACUGCACAGGUUUUACAAUAAAACAUUUGAUCGCUGUU